AUGAGGCCUGUCGAGGCAAAGAUAAUUCGUUGCGAGAAGAUGAAAUUUGAAGAAUCCGAAAGCCGCACUUGCAUAUGUAGGGACGUGCCAAACCUCAUCGGUACCCUAGACCCUAGUCCUACACCUCCUAACAAUAGACAGUACAACUUGAGCACCACUUGCUCACUUAUACAAGCCAAGGAGGUGUGGGCUCGAAUCCUGCAAAUUAUGACAAAAUCUCUGAUCAAAAAGGACAAUAGCAAGCUGCACGGAAAGUUGGCAACACAAAGUAGACAGUCUGUAUCAUUUUACAUGGCUCAGGUUGUCCUCCCAAUUCAAGUCAGCAAACUUAAUCUGCCCAGCCAACGGUCCGAGUUAACCCUCCCGGCCGAGCAUCGCAUCGGCAUUCUUGAGCCUCAGCUGUCAACACGUCCGCACUUAGUCAUGCACUUUUUCUUUUUUUCCUUCAUUCAACGACACUUCGAUAUUAUCCCAUAUCAUUCUGAACCUAUAUGCAAUUAA